AUGGGCCAAGUACCGUCAGCGCCGUAUCAAAACUUGAGCAGAGUCAUCCCCCAAGUUCACUCGAUUUGGGAUGACGGCAAAUCGCCCAAACCAACAAAAACAUUCCGCGACCAAGAAGACCGAGAUCAAUUCAUUCACUCCAUCCUCAGCCUAGUCUCCUCCAACGGCCAAACCAAACUCGACAACUACGCCUUCAAACUCCUCUACGCGCGCAAACCCAACGACCGCGUCGUCGCCACCCUCGUCGCAAUCAAAGCCGGCGUCAUCGAGUCCAAGAUCGAACCCCCCAAGGACGGCAAGGACUCGUUGGAGGCGUGGAGGGAGUUCAAGAAACAUGUCGAGGCGAGGCUGCAUGAGCUUUUGGAGACGGUGCCGGAUGCGGCGAUGAUGGCGGGGCCGUCGAGUUUUAGGGAUGGGGUGCAGAGUCCUGUUGUUGUGGGUGCGGCGGAUUUGCCGCCUUCGUAUGAGAAUGCGGCGACGAAGGGGGGCGGGGAUGCGAAGAGGUGA